AUGACACAGGUCUCCUAUGACUGUGAUGAGGAUGACGGCAUCCGAGGCGUCACAGGAGCCCUGCGCUUCCUGGCCAAGUGGCAGCCCACAUGUACCUCCCUUAGUAUACGUGGUCCUUUCAACGACGAUGGCGUGGUAUGUCUCUUUGAAUGCCUGGCCGCGGACGACGCCCCGUAUGGGCCCCAGGAAGUAACCGCGAUCACGUUGAAUUCGGCGUCUAUGACUGACCGCGGGCUGCGGUCGGUCCUGCGGUACUGCGCUGCCAACAAGAACGUCACUCGUGUGGACCUUCGCCAUAACGAUAUUACAUUGGAGGAUGAAGAGAUUGCGACACUGCUCAAUGGGUCCAAUGUGGAUCACUUGGUCUUGGGAAUGAACUGGCUGGACAGCCGGGGCACCAGUGUCUUCUUCAACGCUCUCGAUGCUCCAAGCCUUACUUGCCUCUUCAUGGACCACUGUUGCCUGGCAGGCGACGUUGUUCCUGCCGUUGCGGACUUUGUCGCCGCGCCACGGACAAAUGGCCUGGUCGACUUGGUGCUGCGUCGCAACGCCGAUUUUGACGUUGCACAGUGCACUUGCAUCCUGGACGCCAUUGAGGGCGCAAACUACACUCUACUCUCCGUUACUGCCGUGUUACCGGACGAUGUUCCGGUUUUUCUGCGGCGCCGCGCCGAAGACUUGGAGACUCGGAACAACCUGCACCACACUCGACUGAUUCGGGCAACGCUCAAAGGGCUUGUUGCAGCUCGCAUCAUCCUCCAUGGGCGCCAGCCAAUCGCCGAGGAUGGGGACAUGGAGGACACGGGCACAGACACGGACAGUUCACGUCGACGCCGGCGCCGCGGCUCUAGAACGCCAUCGCCCGUGUAUGUGCGCAACACGUAUCGCUGGGCGCUCCAUCGCGAUCAAGCGGGCAGUGCGGCAUCUCAAUCUCAGCAACCAGAAGCAGAAGACCCCAGCAGACAGCAAGAGACCAUCGUCCCGGGCACUGAACGACAACAGGCUUCGCCACCCCGCCCAUUUCCGCUGCUCCGACUGCCCCGCGAAAUCCAGCUGUUAAUCGCGCGCUACUGCACCGAGGACGAGACUGCGCUGAGUGAAUCCCAGUGGAGAAGGGUCAUCCGCCAUGCCAGCGACCCCGAUAGCCUGUCUCGGAAGGCGAGGGAUUGGGCGGCUUGGUGUCAUCGGGUCAAAGCGCGUGUGCCGAUGGAGAAACGCCUGGUGCGUGAAUUUCUUUGGACCCAAAUGAAGGAGUUGGGGUGUUUCAGCUGGGAGUGGAACGAAGGCCGCGCACCACCACUGCCUACAGCGGUAGCUGCCUCGGUAUGA